CUCCUCUGGACUUUGUGCCUGCAGCGGUGUGCUGACGGUCUGUGCUCGGUCAGAAGACUGAGCUGCAGUGGUCAGUCAUGGCGAAGGCAUCGGGGCAGCACCUGGUCUUGGAGAACUUCAUCGGAGGGAAGUUUGUAUCCUGUCGGCGCCACAUCGACUCCUUCGACCCGUCCACCGGGGAGGUGUACUGCAAAGUCCCGGACAGCGGCAAGGAGGAGGUGGAGGCAGCGGUGGCAGCAGCUAAAGAUGCUUUCCCUGACUGGUCCUCCCGCAGCGUGGAGCAGCGAGUGCAGGUCCUCAACAAGCUGGCCGACCUGAUCGAUUCCCAUCUGGAGGAGUUCGCCCAAGCUGAGUCCAGAGACCAAGGUAAAACUGUAACAUUUGCUCGGAAUGUGGACAUUCCCCGAUCAGCGCACAACUUCCGCUUCUUUGCGUCAUCGGUGCAGCACCACACCACUGACUGCAGCCAGAUGGACCACAUGGGCUGCCUCAACUACACCAUCCGCUGUCCAGUGGGAGUUGCGGGUCUGAUCAGCCCCUGGAACCUCCCCUUGUACCUGCUGACGUGGAAGAUUGCCCCGGCUAUCGCCAUGGGAAACACGGUGGUGGCCAAACCCAGUGAGAUGACCUCUGUCACGGCCUGGAUGCUGUGCAAGUUGAUGCAGGAGGCUGGUGUUCCUCGAGGAGUCGUCAACAUGGUGUUUGGCACUGGUCCGAGAGCGGGCGACGCCCUCGUGGGCCAUCCUGACGUCCCAUUGGUCUCCUUCACUGGCUCCACAGCAACCGCCCAGCACAUUACAGAGCGCAGCGCCCCCUACUGUAAGAAGCUCUCACUGGAGCUGGGGGGUAAGAACCCUGCCAUCAUUUUUGCCGACGCAGACCUGGACAAGUGUAUCGAGACCACGGUUCGCUCCAGCUUCUCCAACCAGGGAGAAAUCUGUCUGUGCACCAGCAGGAUCUACGUAGAGAGGAGCAUCUACUCUGAGUUCCUGGAAAGAUUUGUGGCUGCAGCCAAGAAGUGGAAGACCGGCGUGCCCUCUGACCCCAGCAGCCACAACGGGGCUCUCAUCAGCAAAGAGCACCUGGAGAAGGUGCGCGGCUUUGUAGCGCUCGCCAAAUGCGAAGGUGGCGUCGUCCACUGUGGCGAGGGAGUCGACCAGCUGGACCUGCCCGAGAAAAACAAAUCCGGCUACUUCAUGCCGGCCACCGUCAUCUCAGGCAUAUCUGAGAGCUCUCGUGUCAUGCAGGAGGAGAUCUUUGGCCCCGUCACCUGCGUCAGCCCCUUCGACACCGAGGACGAAGCUGUCUCCAAGGGCAACGGCGUGCGUUACGGCCUGGCCGCCACCGUGUGGUCCCAAGACGUGGGGAGGGUUCACCGGAUGGCCAAGCGGAUACAGGCGGGUUUAGUGUGGGCCAACUGCUGGCUGGUGAGAGAUCUGAACCUGCCCUUCGGCGGGAUGAAGAACUCUGGUGUGGGGAGGGAGGGAGGGAAGGAUUCCUACCACUUCUUCACGGAUGUGAAGACCGUCACGAUCAAACACUAAUCGAUCAAAUGAGAGAUUUUAAAGAAAAUGCAAAGACGAGUAAAGUGUCAAAGAAAUGUUUUUCAAAGAGGAAAUGUAAGAUGUAAAACAUUAUAACUAUUAAAACAGUAUAAACCAUAGACUGUAUAUAAAAAGUAGCAGAUACUGCAGCCAGCCACCAGAGGGCAGUGAAGAUCCUUUGGCUUUACUUUUGCGGGAGCCAUCAUUUCGCCCAUCUUUACUUACCAGCUACGUCUUGACCCUUGAACAACUGGACUUCAAUGUAAAUCAUGCAAUGAUGCAUAUCAGCAUGGACCGAGGUGCUGACCAACAAGUUGACGGAUGAUGUUGUGGUUUAAUAAAAAUCUUCUACAAUA